GAAGAAAAACGUGACCACGUUGGGCAACACCGCAGCCAAUCGUAGCCUGCAAAAAGGGACUCGAGACAAACCGGAAAUCAGCUGAACGUUGUUUUUUUCCCCACAUUUUUAACAUCGCAGAACAUCUCUCUCUCUCUCUCUCUCUCUCUCUCUCUCUCUCUCUCUCACUCUCUCUCUCUCUCUCCCUCUCUCUCCCUCUCUCUCUCUCUGGACACAACAGUCACUUCAUCCGAAUGGACGGCCACACGGAGAGGACGCGUUCAGGAAGCUAAAGCGAAGUAUGUGAAGAGGGGAAACGAUGUGCUCCACGGGAACCAACGCGGAGCUGCAGCAGACACCGUCCGAUCCGGCUCUGGUGCUGGAGCUGAAGACCAGGCGUCCUCCGUCCCUGGAGGGCCGGGCGGGAUGCGAGACCUGGAGCGUGGACUUCUCCCCGGACGGAGCCUGGUUCGCCUGGUCCAUGGGACACGGCAUCGUGUGGGUGGUCGCAUGGCCUCUCGACUCCGAAGACAGUCAGGAUGGAGAUACCGACCGAGGAGACAAGAGCUUCAGUUGCGGUCACCCGGUGUGGGGCCUCGCCUUCGGACCCAGACCCCCGAAAUGCGCCGCGGGGGCAGAGCCGGCUACAAAAACGCCGAAAGGAACCAACAGCCUGCUCCUGGCCACAGGCCUGGAGAACGGGGUGAUCAAAAUCUGGAACGUGCUUACAGGUGAUGCUGUUUUUGACCUCCACGGCCACGAGGGCGUCGUCAGGGACCUGGUCUUCCCCCAAAACGGGACACUCACACUCAUAUCGACUUCCCGGGACAAGACUUUGAGGAUUUGGGACCUGGCUCAGAAAGGUAAAAAGGUGCAGGUGCUCUCCGGCCAUAAAGACUGGAUCAGCUGCUGCUGCGUAUCAUCCGACUGCAGCAUGAUUGCGUCUGUCGGCAGAUUUGACCGAAUGGUGUGUCUGUGGAGCCUGCGGUCCUACACGUUCAUCAGGAACCUGGCGGGAGGGAUCCACAAGACCUUGUACCUCCUCUCUUCCUGCGACUUCUCUCCUGACGGGGCGCUGCUCGCCACCGCGGCCUUCAGCGGCUCCAGCUGGUGGAUCGACCUCUGGGACCCGUACACCGCCGAGAAACUGGCCACUCUGGUGGACUAUUUUGAAGAUUACGGUCAAAACCAAAUCUCGGCGAUACAGUUCUCUCCCAACGGUUUGCACUUGGCGAUGGUGACGGACGACAGAGCGCUGCGGAUCUGGGAGCCGGGCCAGAAAGGGAUGGUGAUGCAGACCAAAGUGGACCGAGACGCCAACGGACUCUGCUGCAAAUACCACCCAAAGGGGGGCGUGGUCGCCACAGGAACCAGAGAUGGCCACGUGAGGUUCUGGAGGGCGCCCAGGACGGUGCCCAGCCUGAGCCACCUGUGCCGCUCCAUCCUGCGCCACUCGGUGUCCACGCACCAGAUGGAGCCGCUGCCCCUCCCCAAGAGGAUCCUCCAGUACCUGACCUACAGAAACAUCCCGGACCGCCUCAAGACCUGCUGCUCCUCAGAUGAAGAAGACUGGGAGGGUUAAAAUAGGAACGUUAACACAGCGAGUGAUUGUCAUGCGUAAUAUUUUAUUUUUUUUUGCUGAUUGAGGUGUUUUUCACAGCUCAGGAAAGCAUCUAACGUAAUCUCUUUUUUUUUUUUUAGAUGCAGCAUUCCUACAUUAAGGAUUUCAUUUUUUUUUUGCACUAUUUUUAAGAUGAUGCAUAUAAUGUUCACGUGCUUAUGACUUGAAUAUCACAAUUUUAUACUAUUAAUUUAUUGUGUAAAUAUAAAAUGUAUACAUGUGUAUUUCUAAUUUCUGUUUAUCAUAAAACGGCACAUGCUACUGUACCUGCACAUAUUAAUUGUUAAUACAAAAGAUAACAAACUGGAAAUAUAGGAAAUAGUUUUAUUAAACAGAUUCAAAACACACGUACAUGUCUUAAGACAUUUUCUUAGUUUCUUUGAGAUUGUUUACCUCAUCACAUAUUUCCAAAAGGAUGGAUGAGUGACAGACAGUUCCUACACUGGUGGCUAAAGUGCCCAAACGAUCAUUUUUUUCCAUUAAUAGUUACAAAUGACUGCCUCACAUUUUUUUUCCCUCAAGUUGUGUGCCGAUGCGAGGCACUCAGACGGCGGCGAGCACUCGUUUUUCUUGUGUCAUGUGACGGAAGUCACACAAAAAAAAGUGUCUCCACCGUUGGUCCGAGUUCAAGAGAGCCAGAAGUCCCGUGUAUCUAGGACGCCUCGCUGACCACCAUGUCUCUGACGGCCUGGAACGCUGCGACCAUGGAGCUCAGCUGGAUCUUCUCGUUGGUCCCCGAGGAGAGCCGGUGUCUGAGGGAGACGACACUCGAUGAGUCCA